AUGCCUGUAGCUGAAUCUACAUGUUUAACAGACGAUCUUAUAGUUCUAAUUAACUAUUAAGCCUUUUCUUAGUUUGUGCUUAAUCAUUGGAAGACUAUAGAUGAUGAUCCUUUGGAAAUUGAUACUAAAGCUAACAAAUUGUUACUUAAUAUCAGAAAGAAAAUAGUAAUUAGGCCAUAAUUACCAAAUGUUAACGACUAUUUAGAAAAAGUUUUUACAUUAUGA